AUGGCGUCUGUAGGCGAUAAUAAAACAUCUUUUCGAAAAGUUGAUGUCGACGAGUAUACGGAAGAGAAAUUUAAAGAAGAUGACGACGAACAGAAACAGGCGAACGACGAAUUACUUGCCGGAUUGAAUGAAACUGAAAUUCAAACGAUGUUGAAUCAAGGUAAGAAUAUAGAUGCACUUCUGUACAUAUUAAACAGGACACAGAUUUCAAAAAAUCCUGCUGUCAAGGCCAAAACGUUACAACUUGCAUUGAAAGUCAUGCUGUCAUUCAAGUCCUCUGAAAUUGACCUGGCCCUAGGUCAGUUAGAUGCGCCACAACAUUUUGAUCUGCUCAUGAAGUAUAUAUACAAGGGUUUUGAAGUUCCGUCAGAAGUCAGCUCAGCGCAUCUUCUAACAUGGCAUGAAAAGGUGUUUGCCAUUGGAGGAGUUGGGUGCAUUAUGAGAGUUCUAGUGGAUAGGAAACGAUUCUAG